AUGGAGAUUCAUAUGCGAAGCGCCUUCUCUCUUCUUCUACUUCUCGCUAUCUUCCUUUUAGGAGACAAAGUUUCGGCAACCGUGUUUACGUUGCAGAACAGCUGUAGCUAUACAGUUUGGCCGGGGACGCUUUCCGGCAAUGACGGUACUGCCUUAGGCGACGGCGGAUUCUCAUUGCCACCUGGCGCCUCUGUUCAGUUUCCUGCUACACCAGGCUGGUCGGGCCGGUUCUGGGCCCGAACCGGUUGCAACUUCGACGAGUUUGGAAACGGUAAGUGCGAAACCGGUGAUUGCGACAGUAUUCUUAAGUGCAGCGGUGGUGGUGCAACGCCGGUUUCCUUAGCUGAAUUCACCAUUGCCGGCGGCAUCAGCAACAGCGACAAAGACUUUUACGACGUCAGCCUCGUCGACGGUUACAAUGUUGGCAUCGGUAUAAAACCGACAGGUGGUACCGGCGAUUGCCAGUACGCCGGGUGCAUCGCAGACCUGAACAUCAACUGCCCGACCGAGCUGAGAGUUCUCGACGGCAAUGGCGUAGUGGUGGCUUGCAAGAGUGCAUGUGAUGCAUUCAACGUGCCGGAGUUCUGUUGCACGGGGGAUCAUGCAACUCCGGCGACAUGUUCGCCGACUCAAUUCUCGGUGAUGUUCAAAGCAGCAUGCCCGAGUGCAUACAGCUAUGCAUAUGACGAUGCAUCCAGUACAUUCACUUGUUCCGGGUCGGAUUAUUUGAUUACAUUUUGUCCAACAAGUGGGGUUUGAAAGAUUAAUUUGAUUUUAAAAAUUGAUGAAUUGAGGAAAUCUUAGUUAGAUUGGGGGAUUGUGUUUU